GAUCCUUCCCUAAAUGUGGUCAGGUGAGGCCGGGUGGUGGAAACCAGCAUGGACCUGGAUGUGCUGAACAUGUUUGUCAUUGCCGGUGGCACUCUGGCUAUCCCCAUCCUGGCCUUCGUGGCCUCCUUCCUCCUCUGGCCCUCAGCGCUGAUCCGCAUCUACUACUGGUACUGGCGCCGAGCCUUGGGUAUGCAGGUUAGAUAUGCAAACUACGAUGACUAUCAGUUUUGUUAUUCCUAUAGAGGGAGACCCGGAUACCGACCGUCCAUCCUGAUGUUACAUGGGUUCUCAGCCCACAAAGACAUGUGGCUGUCUAUAGUCAAGUUCCUGCCGAAGAACCUGCACCUGGUGUGUGUUGACAUGCCCGGGCACGAGGGCACGACCCGCUCAGCCUUGGACGAUUACUCCAUUAGUGGGCAAGCUAAGAGAAUACACCAGUUUGUGGAGUGCAUCAAGCUGAACAGAAGGCCCUUUCAUCUGGUUGGCACUUCCAUGGGGGGAAACGUUGCUGGCGUCUAUGCUGCUCAGUACCCAGAAGACAUUUGCAGCCUGACCCUUAUCUGUCCUGCAGGCCUGCCGAGUACCACUGACAGCAAGUUCAUUAAGCAGCUCCGGGAGCUGCAAGAGUCUGAACGCAUUGACAGGAUCCCUUUAAUUCCCUCAACGCCUGAGGAGAUGGCAGAUAUGCUGAAGCUUUGCUCCUAUGUUCGCUUCAAGGUGCCACAGCAGAUCCUCCAGGGCCUUGUCGACGUUCGCAUCCCACACAAUGAUUUUUACCGGAAACUGUUUUUAGAAAUCGUGGAUGAAAAGUCCAGGCACUCUCUCCAUGAGAACAUGAGCAAGAUCAAAGUGCCGACGCAGGUCAUCUGGGGAAAGCAGGACCAGGUCCUGGAUGUUUCCGGUGCCAGUGUUUUAGCGAGCGCUAUCCCGGACUGCCACGUGUACAUCCUGGAGAACUGCGGGCACUCGGUGGUGGUGGAGCGGCCCCGCAAAACGGCCAACCUCAUCCUGGAGUUCUUGGCACUGCUGCACAUCAUAGACAAUAACAAGAAGCAGGCGUGA